AUGAAUACAUCGAUAAAUAAAAAUAAAAGCAAGGAUGAGCGUCGCGCAAACCAUAAUAUGGAAAAUUCCAUUGAAAAAUUGAGUAAUGGAUUAAUUCAAUUAAAAAUGCAUGUUGCACCAGCAUUUUUCAAAGUCAUUACUGAUUUUAAAGAUCUCCAAACGGAGUCGUCUUCUGAAAUUCAUGUACCACCUCGCGGUGUUUUUAAUCAAGAACCUUACAUUAAAAUUAAAGGGAAAACAAGCGAUACCGUGAAUGAAGUUAAAAGGCAAAUCGAUUUCAAAAUACAUAACGCAAGGCAAAAGCUAGUAUCGAAACAUUUUUAUGGCGUAGUUUUGUGUGGUGAAAUUCGUGAAAAAUUCGUCACAUUCAAAAAACAAAUCUUAGCCGCUCAAAUUCCUGGCAUCGGUGAGGAUCUAUUUCGCAGUGAUACUCAUUUGCAUAUUACGUUUGGUAUAUGCCUACUGGCAGAUGGAAUUGAAGAACAAAAAGCCAUAAAUUUAUUGCAGAGCUGCGGUGAAUACGUGCAUGAUAUGAAAACGCCCUUUAAAAUUCAUGCCAAAGGUUUGACAUUCAAAGGCGAUAACCCAAGCGCCGUGCGUACUUUGCGGGCUGGUAUUGAUUGCCCUGAUCUCAUCAAAUUUGCUAACCAUUGUACAAAACGCUUCAAUGACAGCGGACUCGGACGGAAGGCCUUUUCAUCGAAUCAUGAGACAUUGCAUGUCGCCCUUAUGGAUGCUGGUCACAGUGGUCGCCGCAUACGGUCAACUAUAAAUUCUUUUGACGCUCGCGAAAUUUUUCAGCGUUGGGGGGACUACGAUUUCGGUACAGUGGACUGCACGGAAGUUAAGCUAUGCGUCAUUGUUUCUCCCACUUCUAAAGAAUACUAUAAAGUGUUUAGCACUGUUCAGUUUCAAUGA